AUGGUUGAAAAUGUAGUGACACCAGAACAGGUGUUGUUCUACGGAUUUGAAAGUAUUGGGAGUCUACCUACGAUUACGGCCGACGACUACACUGAGCAUAACAUCUUUGUUUUCAAGGCUCACUUUGGCACAACCCCCAGCGCUUUCUGCCAUCUCUGGGAAGACAUUAUGAGUUUGAAGAACAAAGACUUGGGGCUUCUCCCAUCAGACAAGAGCGAGGAGGGAAUUAAGCGAUUGCUAGGUGCAAUCCACUUUCUCUGGGAGUAUCCUGAAAAAGCCACCAUAAUUGGAAUAAGCGAACAAAUGGUCCAACGCGAGAAGCUGUGGCAUUGGUUAAAAGUGAUUGGGUGA